UCUACGUCAAUUCACAUGCGGUUCGUAUGAUUGUCUGUGCACACAAAAGUAAUUUCUUUGUAGUCACGCAGUAAAGUUGACAAUGAACGUCCAACCAUCAAAUCCCAACAACCCAAUUGUUUUCUUCGACAUCACCAUUGGAGGACAGGAUGUUGGACGAAUGAAGAUUGAACUGUUUGCCGAUGUGGUCCCAAAGACGGCAGAGAAUUUCCGGCAGUUUUGCACUGGAGAAUUCAGAAAAGAUGGCGUCCCCAUUGGUUACAAAGCCUGCACAUUCCACAGGGUGAUCAAAGACUUCAUGAUCCAGGGUGGAGACUUUGUGAAUGGUGAUGGUACUGGCAUUUGCAGCAUCUACAGAGGUCCAUUUGCAGAUGAAAACUUCAGAAUGAAGCAUUCUACCCCCGGUCUACUGUCUAUGGCAAAUAGUGGUCCUGGAACAAAUGGCUGUCAAUUUUUCAUCACUUGUACAAAAUGUGAUUGGUUAGAUGGAAAGCAUGUUGUCUUUGGAAAAGUGGUUGAUGGCUUGCUCGUCAUGAGAAAGAUUGAGAAUGUGCCUACUGGACCCAACAACAAACCUAAGCUCCCCAUUCUCGUUUCUCAGUGUGGAGAGAUGUGAUCCAGACCCUCGUCUACAGAAAAGCUACUUAGCCUCCUCACACAUAAACCAGUGUUUUAUUCCUCCUCAGAAUCCCUCCACCAACAUUCAGCCGGCUCUUCUGUAUGUCAAAGGUUGUGCAGAUGUAGUCUUCCAAAAUGUACCCCUGAGUAAUGUACACUUGGCCAGUGUGUCAUCUCCUGUGGUUGCUAUUGAUGUUAAAAUAUUGUCAAUAGAUUUGAGUUGUCUCAUUUCAGGAUAGCACGUGCAUCGAAAACCCAAAUAAGAUUAAUAAUUUACACGUGAUAAAAUCUCAGCUGGAUUCCUUUUCUGUCAAAUGAAGACUGAACAUGGUUUAUUUUUGGAGGCUUUCUCUUAAUGUUUGAACUUGGUGCAGAUUUCAUGAAAUUUUUAUACUGUGCUAUGAAAUUGCAAUUCAUAGUUAAAAACACUCUGUA